AUGUAUCCAAGUGAUCGACAUAUUUUUGGAUUUCACAAGAUACGGUUACACUACCUAAGUAGAACAAAUAAGCAAUCAACAUUUAACGACACAACUAAAACCAAUACACCUCCCCCAAGCCGGCUGGUCCCCGUGGGGGAUUUCGACCAAUCCCUUCCAGCACAAUUGACAAGAAAAAACAAUACUAGUAUCAAAACGAAACCAAAAAGUAAACUGUAUAUAGCCACCUUAAACUGCUUAACCUUGCGUACUGAAGAGAGACUAACUGAAUUAGAACUAGCACUCUCAAAUAUAAAAUGGGAUGUUUUAGGACUAAGUGAAGUUAGAAGAUUAGGAGAAAGUAUUGAGGACCGCAAGGAGUACAUUUUAUACUAUAAAGGCGAAACAAAAGGGAACUAUGGAGUGGGCUUCAUGAUUAAAAAACAUUUAGAAAGAAACAUAGAAGAAUUCAAGGGAAUUUCAGACAGAAUAGCGGUACUUAAUCUGAAUCUGCCGUCGUACAAAAACAAAUGGUCAAUUAUCCAAAUUUACGCCCCCACAGAACAGUACGAGGAAUCUGCCAAAGACCUCUUUUAUGAACAACUAACAUCAGUUCUACAGCAAUCGCACAAGAACCUUAUGCUGAUAGGAGAUUUUAAUGGCAGAAUUGGUUCCCAACAAACUGGAGAAGAAAAUGCAAUUGGAAAAUUUGGUUUUGGAAGAAGAAGCAACAAUGGCAAAAGAAUGAUCAAUAUGGCCUUAGAAAACAAUAUUGCAUUUAUGAAUAGCUUUUUCAAUAAAAAUACAAAGAAAAAAUGGACAUGGCUAUCACCAGAUGGGUCAUAUAGAAAUGAAAUAGACUAUAUAGCAACGAACAAUAGAAAAGCUUUUUAUGAUGUAAGUGUCAUUAAACAAUUGAAUUUUAACACUAACCAUAGAAUGGUUAGAGCAACAAUAAUUGGUUCAGAGCCGAAAAAAGCCAGAAAUAAAUUUAAUACAAUAAAGAAUCUCAGUAGACACCUGAAUGAAACAAAAAAUGAAAUAGACGAAAACUACGAAAAAGGAAUAAACGAAAUAUAUGGACCACUAUACACUCAAUUGGCGAAACCUAAGACAAGUAACACGGAAAAUGAAACCAAAACCCUCAUAGAAGAAAGAAGACAGCUUUUAAAUAAUAAAAAAGAUAAAAACAAUUUAAGGGCUAUUACAGAAGUAAGUAAAAAAAUAAGUAAAAGCAUUAAUAAGGACAGAGCAAAAAGAAGAUUGGACGUACUCAACACUCACAUAAAAAAGACAGGAGGAGUUAAAAAAGCUUUAAAAGAACUGGUUGAGUCAAAACAAUGGAUAACAAACAUCAAGAAUAAAGCAGGAAAACAAGAGACUAUGAGAAGAACUAUGAUACAGAUUGCAACCGACUUUUACAGGACACUUUACGCAGCAGAACCCAAUGCUCAGAAUCCAACUACAAUUCUAGAAGACGACGAAAUUGACGAUAUCCCAGUUUUUAUGCAAUCAGAAAUAAAAAAAGCUGUAGACAGUCUAAAGAGCGAUAAGUCACCUGGGCGAGAUCAAAUAACAAACGAGAUGAUAAAAACUUCAAUCAAUACACCUGAAAACCUAAGAAAACUCACAGAAAUAUAUAAUACUAUCUUAAGAACGGAAUCUAUACCAUCUCAGUGGAAAAAGAGCACAAUUAUACUUCUACAUAAGAAAGGGGAUCGAGACAACAUCGAAAAUUAUAGACCAAUUAGUUUGUUAUCAAAUAUAUACAAAGUUUUCUCUAAAUUGAUUUUAAAUAGACUAACAAGGAUAAUGGACGAACAACAACCAAUCGAACAAGCUGGCUUCAGAGCGGGAUUCUCGACCAUCGAUCAUAUACAU